AUGAGAAUUCACAGAGGAGAGAACCCGUUCGUGUGCCUUCAGUGUGGAAAGAGCUUGACAAGCAAAGGAAACCUUAAUAUGCACAUGCAAAGUCACACCAGAGUGAAGCCUUUCAAAUGUCAGCAGUGUGGAGUGAGUUUCACAGAGAAGAAAAUCCUAACGAAUCACAUACGAAUACACACCGGAGAAAGGCCCUUCACAUGCCUUCAGUGUGGAAAGAGAUUGGCAAGCAAAGGAAACCUUAAUAUGCACAUGCAAAGUCACACCAGAGUGAAGCCUUUCACAUGUCAGCAGUGUGGAGUGAGUUUCACAGAGAAGAAAAUCCUUACGAAUCACAUACAAACACACACUGGAGAAAAGCCCUUCACGUGCCUUCAGUGUGGAAAGACUUACGCCCAGAAAGGUAACCUGAGUAGUCACAUGAGAGUUCACAACCCAGAGAAGACUUUCAAGUGCCUUCAGUGUGGAAACACCUUCAAAUGUAAAGGCACCUUUAAUUUGCACGUGCGAAUUCACAUGCAGGAGAAACCUUUCAUGUGCCCUAUGUGUGGGAAGUGUUUUUCGCAGAAAUCACACCUGAAGAUUCACAUGGGUAGUUCACACCAGAGAGAAGCCGUUACCGUGCCAGCACUGCGGGAGAGCUUUUAA